AUGGAAUCGAAACGUAUAAGAACUCGUACUAUGCUUCAACGCGUAAUGGCUCUAACUAAACGUGCUAAUGAUUUUCAAUCCUCAGUAAACUUAACUGCUCUAUUGCCGACGAAUAAUUGGCAUCUUUCGACCGGUAUCAAUUUAGAUCAAAUUCAAGGACUAAAGACAAAUCCUACUUAUCAAAAUUUACAAUUAACAGCAUAUCCACUUCGUCCUUCUCGAAAUUUUGAUUUUGCACGUGCGCAAAAACUUCUUCAAUUGGAACUCAAUCGGCGAUGUGCGAGCAUAUCAAACUUGAUUCGAUAUGAUCCGAAGAAUUGUUUAAAUUUUGCACAAGCUUUGUCACAACGCUUACGUCGUGUUCUUAAAUCUGAUACAUUAAACAGUAUGCGAUAUAAAAUUAUUGUGAUUGUUACUAUUGUUCAAGCAAUAUCUGAUGGCAGAAGAAGCCAAUCAAUGGCUAUUAUAUCAAGAUGCCUAUGGGAUCACGAAACAGAUGGAUCGAUAACUGCACAAGCUACAUUCGGAUAUGAUAUGCUUGCUGUGGCGACUGCGUAUGCAGUUUAUACAGACUAA